UUCGGGCAAGAGCGAAAUAGGGAAAAACGUGCACAUGUAUCCUCGUAGAUUCUGUUGUACAUAAACACGAUUCUUUGCAUACAACUUCUAAGUGAGGAUUAAAAAGUAUUCAUUGACAAGAAACAAACUUGUGAUCAUCAUGGAUGACUUCUCGAGAAAAGCUUUACAAUGUCACAACGAAUGCCGCGAAAAGCACCAAGUACCUGCGAUGAGAUGGGCCCCUGAUUUGGCAAAGGAAGCUGAAGAAUGGGCGAACAAGAUUGCUAGAGCCAACACAUUGAAACAUGCUAGUCAAAGCGAACGAAAAAACGCAGGCGAAAACAUUGCGAUGUUUUCUGGAAGGUAUGAUACUGCGGCGGAACAAGCAAUCAGUAUGUGGUACAGUGAAGUUGAAAAGUACAACUUCAAAAUGCCCACAUUUCAGUCAGGCACAGGACAUUUUACUCAGGUAGUGUGGAAGGACUCAAAGGAACUAGGGAUGGCAAGAGUGAAAACACCAGAUGGGAAGAACACAUAUGUUGUUGCUCGUUAUCGUCCAGCAGGAAAUAUGAUGGGAGACUUCGAAGCGAACGUCUUUAAGAACAAAUCAAAAGAUCCACCGCUUUUCGUGAAAAACAUCGAUGUGUCACGUGGUGAAGAGCAACACAGCCGCAUAGUGACAACAUCGCGCGAAAAGAAUGAUGGGAAAGGGCAACAGACACGCGUUGUUGUCAAAGAAACAAAAAUAAAUACUCCACAAGGCACAAGAACGGUCAAAACAACAACAACUUAUACAACAACAUCAGGUAGUCAAUUGAAGAAUGACGACCCUUCAAAAAAGUUCAAGUCUCUUCAAAUCAACGACAAGGAUGACAAAGCGUCUGGAAGGCCGCAAGCAAACACUGCCAAUGCGAAACCAUCUGGUCCUUUUCAAGAAGUGGCUUUGAAGCAGCACAAUCAUUACCGUCGUUUACAUCAAGUACCUGACCUACGUUGGAGCAAUGAACUUGCCCGUGAUGCUCAAACUUGGGCGGAUAAGAUUGCCCGCAAAAAUACCAUGCAACAUGCAUCAUCAGGAGAGCGCAAAGGAGAUGGUGAAAAUUUGGCAUAUUUUGGUGGCAGAUUUGGUGAUAUUGGAAAAGAUUCAGUAGACAUGUGGUACAGCGAAGAAAAGAAGUAUAAAUACAGCAAUCCAGGUUUCAAAAGUGGAACGGGUCAUUUUACUCAGGUUGUGUGGAAAGAUUCAAAGGAAGUUGGCAUGGGCUGGGCCAAGUCACCGGAUGGAAACAGCGUUUUUAUUGUGGGUCGCUAUAGACCAGCUGGAAAUAUGAUGGGUUCAUUUGACAAAAAUGUUUUCCCUCCAAAGAAGUAGAAAUCUGCUGCGAGUUCAACAUGUAUUUUCGUAACGCACGUUUUGGCACACGGCUUUUGCAUCACUCACAAUGACAUUAUCACGUGGCUUAAUAUUUUGAAUUAGACAAAGUGUAGUUUUGUUAAUUUGUUCUCAUUUUUUUAACUCAUUUAGCAACAAUUUCAUAAGAAUUUCACUUGUAAACGUAUUGGAUAGAGGGGACAAAAAUUGCCUUUUGGGUAUGAAUAAAUAAAGAAAAAUAUAAAUUGCCGUUCUUUGA